AUGGCGCCGGACGCGGAGGGCUUCCGUCAGGUGCAGAGCAGGAGGCGCUGGCGUCGCGUCGCUUCUCCUCGACGGCCGGUGCCCUCGAACUUGGUCGGCUUGUGCUUCAAUUGCCUCGCCGGUGACCACGUGCAUGCCGACUGCACUUUCCCGGCCAAGUGCUACAACUUCAGGGAUGUUGGGCAUCAGGCGCGUGCUUGCCCUCAUCCUCCGGUCGCUGGUCGCUGGGAGGGCAAGCGUGGCCGUUCUCCGCCGCGCGCUUCGGGUUUCCGAUGGGGCGCGCGCCGCCGUCGUUCGUCGCCUAGCCGCGGGGCUUCACCCGUGGACACGGUCUCCGCGCAUUUGGCCUCCACCGGCCGGGAGCCGUCGGUGCCUCCGGUGUGCCAGCCUCCCACCCCGGAACCCCAGGUUAACGAUCCGCCGGCUGGCAACGCUGGGCAGCCGCUGCCCGCCGCGGGUCCGUCUGAGGUCGCCGGGGACGCUGUCGCUGAUGGGCCUCUGGAUCAGCCACCCGCGCCGGAAUUACCUCGGCUGAUUCCGCGCGCACUGCUGAGGACCCCGGCGCUGCAGGCCGCUGAAGAUGCUCUGUCCAUGGCCCUGCUCGCGCUCCUGGUCGGCACCUGGCCUGUGGUCACUCCGACCAUGGUUUUGGACCAUCUCGAGGAGCACUUCGGGAUCCCAGAUGACCGAGUCUCCGUCCGCCGUACGAGGCCGAAUGAUUUCAUCGUCCGUUUCAGUCGCCGCGAGGAUCUCGAGCGUGUUCUGAGCGCUGCGCCCCCAGAGCGGGCACCAUUCACCCUGCAAUGGCGACGUUGGAGUCGCUUGAUCAUGGGUUUGGCCGGCGCGUUCAGAUUCAGAGUGCUUGUCGCCAUGAAGGGCAUACCUUCCCACGCGAGGUCGAAGGAGACCGCGCAAGCCAUUCUCGGCUCCUCAUGCACCAACGUCGAAUUCGCCAACCCGGAAGCGCUCGCCGAUCCUGACGAUGAGAGCGAGUUAUUCGUCGCGGCGUGGUGCGCGCACCCUGAUCUCAUUCCUGACGAGAUGAUCAUGGCUGUGCCGGAGCCGGAGGAGCAUGAUGGGGGUCCGCCAUUGUUCCUGAGGCCUCAUGAGAUCAUCCACGAUGAGAUCAUCCAAGACUGGCACACGCCGCCGCCGUCGUCGGACGAUGGCAUGGACUUCGGCGGCGACGAUAGUGAUAGCGGAGACAGUAACUUCAACGGCUACCACCCGGGUUUCGGCGCCAGCGGCGGCGGCGGUGCCCGGCCACGGACUUCUCGGUUCGGCAGCUCCGACGAGCCGCGGCUUGGGUGGGGUUCUGGACCCGUGUUUUGGCCACGGGAAUUGAGGAGCGUCAUCGUCGUGGGCGAUGUGACCUGCCCAAUCCUGGCGCCGCGCAGCGCCAUACCCUGCCCUGGCGUCAGCGCGCUUCACGCCAGGGCCGCGACGCGUGUCGAGGAGCCGCUGCACGCGUCGGAACCGAUGCUCUCCGAGGCUGUGGAUAUCUGCCUGUCCGGCCCAGAAGACUGUGGCUCCGGACCGACCUCUCGUAUGCUUGCCCAACUUUUAAUUGGGGAGGCUGGGCCUUCUCAAUCGUCGCCUCCAUCCCACUCCGAGCCCAGGGACGUUGAUGAUCCGGGGUUCCUGGACGUCGUUGGCCAUGAUCUAACGGAGGGGGCGUCUGUCCAGACCUCGGCGGCGACUACAACUGACGAGUUCAUCUCCAUCUUCAAGAAGCCAUUGUCGCAGCUGGUUCUCCCGUCGACCCCAAGGGCGCGGGUCACCAGAUCGGAAAGGGCACUGGAGACGGGUGAUGAGGAGCUUGUCCCCAAACGGAGUGCGAGACUGGCGGCCAAGAGCAAGAACAGGGUGCCAAGACCUAAGGCACAGGUAAGGAAAGUAACGAUGAAACGUUUAGGUGUCGAGGUGGAGACGGAGCUUCCAGAUGAGGCGUCCUUCGAUGAAUUCCAGACAGCCUUCAAGUUGCCUCUCUCGCCCUCCACUUGGGAGACAAUGCAGGUCUUGUUCCCUGGUAGUAAGCAGCGGACGCCUAAGCCUGUUCGCGCCGCCUAG